GGUGUUUGGAAAAUGUUGGUAUUUCCACAAUGGUUCUAUAUGGAUUUCUCAGUGGAUUUUACACAGAAAAAAAUUCCUGAUGUAGGAACUGUAACAAGACACUAUCAUUUAUACCAAAAGGGUGAAGAAACUUCAACAAAUCUAAUUGCUUCAAUUUUUGCAUGGACAAGAGGGUUGGCCCACAGAACUGGACUAGAUGGAAAUGAUGAAUUAUUAAAACUUUCCACAGAUCUUGAACAAACUUGUAUUGACUCUGUUGAUAUUCAUGGUAAAAUGACUAAAGAUUCAGCUUUAUCAAUUCAUAA